AUGGCCUUCUACAACACCCGGUCCGCCUCGCAGGUGCCAACCACCAUGGACUACUACGGCAGCAUGACGACCACGGCAGCCCAGCCCAUGUCCAUGUCCACCUCCAUGCCUGGAGGGGCAUACGACCCCUACGCUGUGGCCCCUCUCACCAUGCAGCCGCCAGCCCACGCCGGUCACCACCACAGCCACUCCACAGCGUCCUACCUCUCCACAGAUCCGCACCACCGCGUGCCGACCUCUUCUCUCCCCACACAACACCGCGCAUCAUCGGGGGCCUGGAAUGCCGGCGACGACCAGACGCUCCUCGGCGCACGAGCAAGCGGACAGAACUGGGCCCAGAUCCAGCAGAAUUACUUCCCCUCAAAGACACCCAACGCAUGCCGGAAGCGACACGAGCGGCUCAUGGAGCGCAAGGGCGCUGAUGACUGGGACACGCGCAAGCUGGAGAAGAUGGCCAAGGAGUACAUGGCCUUGCGCAAGGAGAUCUGGGCGCCGCUGGCCCUCAAGACCGGCGAGAAGUGGAAUGUCGUUGAGCAAAAGUGCAUGUCCAACGGCUUGAAGAACCUCCAGGGCGCAGCCCGGGCAGCCGCCCGCCGCGAGCGCCUUGAGGCCGGCCUCCCACCCACAGAUCCCUACAACGACGACAGUGGCAUCUCAGGAAUCGACCUGACCGAGGUCGACGACCUGGACGGCGAUGGUGGCUACGGCGGUGUCCCCAGUCCGGACCGGUCCACAACAUCCUCAGGUGGUGCCGGCGGCAGCAGCACCGCAUCCCAGUCUUAUUCCACAGCACCCUCAACGUAUGGCCACCCACAGGCUUAUCCAGGAUACCCUACCAUGGGGGGGCACGGGUACGCGAACAGUGUGAGCAGCUCUAGCGGGACCGCGUAUGGACACCACAACGGCGCCCAGGGCCAUCACAGCCAGAGUGCAAGCCCAUAUAUGGAGGCUAUGCACAGGAUGCCGAGUGUGGAUAUGGGCAUCGACUCCAUCAUCAACCGUCCCGGAGGACAAUAA